CUUCCUUCCCACCUCCACCUUUCACGAUAAUCAUCAAUUCCCGUAUCAUCACUGCCAUUCUACUGGUGAUUUGAUUCGGACUCACCGCGACAUUUUCACAUUCCUUUGCAAGGGUUGCACGGAGGGCACAAAAAGAAAGAAGAUCCCUCGAUCCCAGUUUUACCCCACUGCCGAUCGAUUGGAACCAACACACCACCCAUCCAUGACUGAAAUAUCGUCAUUCGACGCACCCACGACCUGAAGAGGAAAUUCCCAAGAGAACGGAAUUGCUUGGGAGUCUGUCAACCUUGCUGAAGGAAAGGACCCUGUGUACUUAAAAAAAAAAGAUGCCCAAAAGAAACCCCUCCCACUCAGAUUUCCCAUCCCACCUCACCCUGACCAUCACUCCCCCUCCUACACCUUCAGCAGCAGCAACCCCCAACAUCCUCAUUCUCCUCCAUGGCCUAGGUGACUCCGCAGCGGCAUUCACCUCCUUCGCCCGCGCCCUGAACCUCCCCGAAACCCUCAUCCUCACACUGCAAGCCCCGACGCCUCUCCCCUUCGACCUGGGCGGAUUCCACUGGGGCGACGAUGUGUCGUUUGACUCGUCCACGGGCGGGCUCGACAUGGACGCCGGGUUUACGCGGUCGGUCAAGGGGCUUGUCGACGAGGUGGUGCGCGGGGUGCUGGUGAGGAAGUGCGGGUGGCGGCUCCGCGAGGUGAUGAUGUUGGGGUUCGGGCAGGGCGGUAUGGCGGGUUUAGUUGCUGCGCGGGAAUUGGGGGUUCAGCCCAAGGUGAGGGUGGAGGGGGAGGGAGAAGAAGAUGGUGAAGAUACUGGUGCGUUGAGUGGUGUCAUCUCGAUUGGAGCGCCGUAUCCUCUAUCGGGGAGUAAGAUGGGGUCUAAGAAUCGGACGCCUGUAUUGUUGGUCGGUGGAAGGGAUUCGUCUGCUGUUCCGGAUGGAGCGGUAAGCAGGACCAAGGAGGUGUUUGAGUUUGUUGAGCUUCAUCGCUAUGCGAGAAAGGGUGAUGGGAUGCCCCGGAAUAGAGACGAGAUGAUGCCCGUCAUGCAGUUCUUUGCGCGGCGAUUGCGCAGUCGGCAGGGUGUGCCUGAGGGCAGCGUGGAGAUUACAUGAAUUAUGGAUCGAUGAUGAAAUGAAUAAUAAUAAGGAAAAAGAAAUUGAUA